AUGUCCGACGAUAUUAUUUGGCAAGUUAUUAACAAUCAGUUCUGUUCAUACAAAAUUAAGACUGAUAAUGGACAGAUGUUCUGUAGAAACGAGUACAAUGUCACUGGUCUUUGUAGCAGACAAUCGUGUCCGCUGGCCAACGCCAAGUAUGCAACAAUCAAGAACGUGAAUGGAAGGUUGUAUCUAUAUAUGAAGACUCCAGAGAGAGCACACACUCCAGCCAAACUUUGGGAGAGGAUAAAACUUUCAAAGAAUUAUGCUAAAGCUUUGAAACAGAUCGACGACCAUUUAUUGCAUUGGAGCAAGUUCUUGAUCCACAAAAAUAAGCAAAGACUAACAAAACUGACUCAAGUCAUGAUAACUGAGAGACGUAUGGCAUUGAGGGAAGAAGAAAGACAUUAUGUUGGUGUGGCACCAAAGGUUAAGAGAAGAGAAGAAAACAGAGAAAGAAAAGCAUUAGUGGCUGCAAAGAUAGAGAAGGCCAUCGAGAAGGAAUUGUUAGAUAGAUUGAAGAGUGGUGCCUAUGGUGAUAAGCCAUUGAACGUUGAUGAAAAAAUUUGGAAGAAGGUUAUGGGUAAAAUGGAGGAAGAUACAAUUGAAGAAGAAAUGUACGAGGAUGAAGAAGAAGAAAGUGACUACGGUGAGGUUGAGUAUGUGGAAGACGAUGGUGAAGACGAUAUGGUUGACGUUGAAGAUUUGCAAAACUGGUUGGCUGAUUCUGGUGCAUCAGGUUCUGACUCUGAUAGUGACGAAGAUAGCGAUGAAGAUAGCGAUGACGAAGAAAAAUCUAAUAAGAAGAAGGCCGUAUCCAAGAAGAAACGUCCAAGAAUUGAAAUUGAAUUUGAAGAAGAACAAACUCAGCUUGCUGAGCAAGAAGUUGCAAAAUAG